AUGCUACUGGUUAUGGAGUUUUUAACAUGGAUUCUAUGCCUCCUGACUCUGAUAAUACUUUGUCGAGCUGGAAACGGGCCUUGUGAUUACAACUUAGUAACCGGACCUUACGGUGUUUCUGACGACGCAUUCACAGCGUCCUCCACUCAUCCCACAUGUCCUUUAGUGAGAGUAAGAUUCAGUAGUUCACAAGGCUGGUGUCCUGCAUCCAUUGGAGAUGGACACUAUCUACAGGUGAAAUUUCAGACAGACUCGACAGUCAAGGCUAUACAAACCCGUGGACGGGGUGAUUUUGAUCAGUGGAUCUCAUUGUACCAAUUAAAUAUCAGCAUGGACGGAAACACGUGGAGUGCUAUACUGAACGCUACAACAGGCAAUGUACAGAUAUUUCCUGGAAAUAACGACCGAGAUACAGUCGUGACCAACACACUUGAAGGAAAUGUCGUGGUAAGAUACAUUCGGGUAAUAUCCGUCUCUGGAAAUACCUACAGAUCUAUGAGGUUGGAGAUACAGGGUUGCCCAUUUUCAACGCCCAACACGUGCAACAAAUGGAAAGCCAAAUUAGGAUCAGUCGGUGAUAUAGUGACCGUUGUCGGCGAUACUAAUGCAGCUAACCAAGGAUUGUGUGGAUUGAAGUGUUUUAGACAAACAGAGUGUGACAGCUUUCUUUUUGAUGUCUCAUCCUUCCGCUGUAGACUACUAAAAGAGACACCCAGUUCGUUACCUAUUACAGUCAACUUGGACGGUGUUUGGUAUUUCUCGAAAACAUGA